AUGACUACGGAGGAUGGCGCCGCUUCUACGGCUUCCGCGGAGCCACCUCCCAUCCAGCAAAAGACCGCCGACGAGCUCAUUGCUGAGAUGAAGAAGGUGCCGCUGUUCAUGACUAGUAUGGACGACAUGGAUGAAGAUAACGACAUGAUUCAAGCACUUAAAGCUAUUGCUUACGAAGGAACACGUGCUGAAAUUGCCGACAACUUCCGGGUCCAAGGCAACGAAUGCGUCAAGGCUAAGCAAUGGAUGAAUGCUCGUGAAUUCUACACCAAAGCACUAGUGGCAUUGAAGGGUCCCAAGGUCCCGCAACCGGGUACUGAGGGAACAUCUAACGAGAAAGUUGUCGAGAUAGAUGAGGAAGCGGAGGCAAAGAAGGAGAAUGAUGCUGCAGAGGCAUGCUAUGCUAAUCGAGCACUGAAGCUCAACCCGCGGAACGUCAAGGCUUGGUAUCGAGCUGCGUCUGCUUGUCUCGCACUGGACAAGAUGCCUGAAGCACUGGAUGCUUGUCAAAGUGGCUUGAAAUUUGAUCCAACAAAUACGGCUCUGCAGACUCUCUUGACACGUAUCGAGAGGCGGCGUGAUCACCUCGUCGAGCUGGAGGAUGCAAGAAGGAAGCGUGAAGAGCGUGAAGCAAAUGAGCGCGCUACGUUGAGACUUGCGAUGCGUGAACGCAAUAUCAUCGCUCGCGAGACUAGCAAAGCGCCUGAUAUGGAGGAUGCGAAAGUACAGCUUUCCGACCCAUCAGAUGCCAGAAGUCUGUUAAGUUUGCCUGUCAUUUUCCUGUACCCGUUGCAUGCACAGAGUGACUUUGUGAAAGCAUUCGCGGAGACGGAAACGAUAUCACAACAUCUGGAAUACAUCUUACCUCCACCUUGGGAUCAGACACAGGAGUACAACCCAGCAGCUGUGGAGUGCUACAUGGAGACCUCGAUAGGCGGAUUGAUCAAGGCCGGCAAGAAUCUCUCCUUGUCGAAACUUCUGGGCACUGGGAAGGUGGAGGUUGUGGAUGGGUUGGUAAGCAUUAACGUGGUAGCAAAGUCGACAGCGUCGCAAUGGAUCGAAGAUUUCAAGAAGAGGCGUGGCAAGCAGUAA